UGGAGUUCCAAAUAUGAAGCGGGGGAUGGAACCUUUUCUGGUUCUAAAUAGAACCAUUUCUUCUAAGAGUGUAGGUGUUUCUCAACAGCCAUUAUAUGUAGAAAAACACGAUCUGGAAGAGCUGUAAAAGAUAAGUGUAUUUUUUUUUAAUGAUUUGUUGGUGCCAGAUACGAGAUCAGUGAGAACAUGAGAGAUCCAGAACACUGCAGAAUAAAACACGCUGAAGAACAAAGAGACCUGAUUGAUGAAAAUGAUCAACUGAAUGAAGUGGAGGAGAAAAAUCAUCAUCAUCAUGUCAAAACCGGAGAAAGAACCGUUUUCAAGAAGACUUUCAGCUGCACUCAGUGUGGAAAGAGUUUAACCACCAAACACAUCCUGGAGGUCCACAUGAGGAUCCACACCGGAGAGAAGCCGUUCUCAUGCAGUCAGUGCGGGAAGAGAUUCACGUUCAAGCAAAAUCUCCGUGUCCACAUGAGAGUUCACACCGGAGAGAAGCUCUUCACGUGUGACUAUUGUGGAAAGACCUUCAAGUAUGAGGGAAACCUUAAGGACCACACGAGGAUCCACACCGGAGAGAGACCGUAUGCAUGCGCUCACUGCGGAAAGAGUUUCGCUGACAGAAAAACCUUUAAGAUCCACUCGAGGAUCCACACCGGAGAGCGGCCGUUCGCGUGCCCUCAGUGUGAAAAGAGUUUCACGCAGGCGAAAUAUCUUAAAUCACAUCUGCGUUCUCACUCUGGAGAGAGACUGUUCGGCUGCGAUCAGUGCGGAAAAUCUUUCUUUACGUCAUUAUCCCUGAAGAAACACCUGAAGGUCCAUUUACAGGAGAAGCCUCACUCGUGUUCUUCGUGUGGAAAGAGUUUCACAGAGCUCGGUUCUUUAAUAGUCCACCAGAAAAGACACGGCGGCUUGAAGAACCACAUAUGCAGCGAGUGCGGCAAGUCCUUCAUCACAAAUAGCGAACUAAACGUGCACCAGAAUACGCACACCGGAGCGAAAGCGUUCAAGUGUUCACACUGCGACAAGAGAUUCAACCAAUCAGGAAACCUGAAAACUCACGAGAGGAUCCACACCGGAGAGAAACCGUUCACAUGUGAUCAGUGUGGGAAGAGUUUCAGUCAGUUCGCUUCUCUGCUCCGGCAUGGAAACACUAUUAUCUGUAAUAAGAUGUAGGGUACAACGCACCGGGGGAAAAUUAAGGCUUCUCUAAUUGACCCUUCACAAGGAGUUUGAUUGACUGGUGAUUUGACCAAUCAUAAUCCGCCAUUUCGUCUUGCGGUGAUGACGUCACCACUUUCGCCGAGUCUUUUGAGGGCCGUUGGAUGGGGAGAAUGAAGUGGAGAAACAUCAAAGAAGAUCUCAGAAAUCUUUCACUUGCACUCAGUGUGGGAAGAGUUUCACAUACAAACAGAGUCUCAAUGUUCACAUGAGGAUCACAAAUAAUCUGAUCAGAUAUUCCUGCCGUGUGUGGUGUGUUAAGAUUGCUCUCGUCUGCUCGGAAGGACGCCGGCAAAAUCAACACAUCACACACAAACCGAUUUGACUCCCGACGAGCACACCCAGGUCAGGAAAAAUUUCGGAAGGGAAUGAUUCAGAUUUCUCAUGCAACAGCCACUAGAAGACAGGCGGGUUGCUCACGUCACGUCUACG